CGAGCAUUCAUCCGCCAUCCGCAGAACGGGAAUUUUCCGGGGCCGCUGUCUCUCUCCUAAUCCUCAUACCAGUUCAAUACUCUCCUGUAAAGGCCCGUCAUGCCGUGCAAACUCGCCAUCACGUCCAUGUCGCUUGGCCGGUGCUAUGCCGGCCAUUCUUUUGCGACCAAGAUGGACGCUGCCCACAAGUACGGGUAUCAGGGCAUUGAGCUCUUCCACGAAGACCUCGUCGAUGUCGCUUAUUCCUUGUCCUCUGAAACGCCGUCUCCCGAAGGACCAUCGCAGGAGGCCCAGGCAGCAGCAGCUCGGCACAUUCGGCGUCUGUGUCAGGCCAGAGGCAUCGAGAUCAUCUGCCUCCAGCCCUUCAGCCACUACGACGGACUUCUCGAUCGCGAGGAGCACGAGCGCCGCCUCGGCCAGCUCGAACUCUGGUUUACGCUCGCCCGGGAGCUGGGAACCGACAUGAUCCAGAUACCCGCCAGCUUUCUCCCGGCUUCUCGCGUGACCGAGGACCUCAAUCUGAUUGUAUCGGACCUGCAAAUAGUCGCCGAUAUGGGACUGCGCCAGGACCCUCCCAUUCGCUUCGCCUAUGAAAGCCUCUGCUGGAGCACGCGCGUCGACACAUGGGAGCUCUGCUGGGAAGUCGUCCAGCGGGUCGACCGUCCCAACUUUGGCAUGUGUCUCGACACCUUCAACAUCGCCGGCCGCAUCUAUGCAGACCCGACCGCCGCCUCGGGCCGGACUCCCGACGCCGAGGCCGCCGUGCGCCAGUCGAUCGCCCGGAUGAUCGCACACGUCGAUGUCAAGAAGGUGUUCUACGUCCAGGUUGUCGAUGCCGAGCGCCUCAGCGAGCCUCUGGUCCCUGGCCAUCCCUUCUACAACGCCGACCAGCCGCCGCGCAUGAGCUGGUCCCGAAAUUGCAGGCUGUUUUACGGAGAAGACGAGCGCGGCGCCUACCUUCCCGUCCGCGAGAUUGCCCGGGCUUUCUUCCACGGUCUCGGCUUUGAGGGAUGGGUCAGCCUGGAGCUGUUUCACCGCCGCAUGGCUGACGAGGAGCCCCAAGUGCCCGAAGAGCUUGCCAGGAGGGGGGCCGCCUCAUGGGUCAAGCUGCAGAAGGACAUGAAGCUGAACGUGGAUAAGCCAAAGUCAUCCAAGACGACAAGGGUGUAUGCAUCGCUGUAGAGGACGAUGAUGCUCCUCGCCUCGUGCCACCAAGGUUGACGGGAACAAAGAGCGAAGGAUGUCUUGGGGGUUAGACUUGUACACAGCGGCUGCCAUCACAUCGGACUUUGUAGAUCCGCACACCAGGGCGAUCUUCACU